UGUUGUACUAGAGAUUUUAGAAUAUUUGUUCUGUAAGUUCCAAAUCCCAGAUAUUGCUGAGAAUUGCUCUUUCCUUGCAUGUGAGGGAUCCGCCCAAACUUGGAGAGACGGAGCAUUUUUUCUUGGCUCAGCAUAGUUGGAUUUAUGUUGGAUUUUAUGCCACAUGCGUGGGGAAGGUGAUUUGGCCUGGGAAGCAUGGGCACAAGCGUCAUUUCGUCCAUAUAACAUGCGGAGCUUAAGAUCCACGUCCCAUGUAUGUCAAGGUUGAUCACAUCCACAACCAACCUUCUUUGUCUAAGGCCGUGUCCCACCCACUUGGGCAACCCAUUUGAUGUCACUUGCUUCUUCCUCGUUUCAAUCCCCAUCACCCCAUCCCGUUUACCCUUCUUGCGAUAACAAUCAAAGUGUUAAGCGAAGCCUUGGAGACCCCAAAAAACCGAUUUCUCUUUCUCAAUGACCAAUAAUAGCAACUCUCUCAGCAUUAUAGAAGCAAUGGAACGCCUUUGGUUUCACCAAAUUGUUCUGUCCCCGCGAGAAAGCACAGCUUCAAUUUCUCCCAAAACUGUCGAAUCGUUUUCGUCUACAUCGGAAUUUCUGUCUUUCCCAUCGUCCUCUGAUUCCAUUCUUUCUUUGCCUCCUCUGCCAGAUGAAGGAAGUUCAACUCAGGAAUCCCUCAAGAAACAUGUCUCAUCAGAUUCAAUCUCAGCGUCUCUGCAGGGUGACUCAAAUGAUGAAGAAGGAAAGGAAGAAGGCCCCACUAGAUUAAUGAGUGUUUCAGGUAAAAGAGUUCGGUCACAUUCAUCUUUGCCGUCAACCCAAAACCGACGGGGAAAAUUAAGGAAACAAGCUAAAAAGAGGCUGCAAAAGUCCAUGAGCUGCAAGACGCUGGGGGAACUAGAACUCGAAGAAGUGAAGGGUUUUAUGGAUCUGGGCUUCGUAUUCAAGAAAGAGAAUAUCAGCUCGCGAAUGAUGAGUGUAAUCCCGGGCUUGCAGAGACUUGAUAUUCGCCCAAAUGAACAGAGCACGCAAAUAAUUGAUGCCUCAGAAACAGGGGAAAAUCAUACUAUGAAACCAACGGAAAAGAAGAAAGACAUCGAGAGACCAUAUCUAUCGGAGGCGUGGCUGAUAAAGAGACCAGAUUCACCACUACUAAAUAUGAAGAUUUCCAAGCUCCGUUCAGCUUCUGAUAUGAAAAAACUUCUACGAUUCUGGGCCAAGGGUGUGGCCUCAGAAAUCCACCAUUCAUGAAUCGUGUUCUUUAUAUCUAUGUAUAUAUGUAGAGCUGCAACACUGUGGGUAGAGCAAAAAAUUAAGACCCACCAUCAUUGUUGAACGUGAAGUCAUGGUCGCUGUAAUAAAACAAGUGUAUGGGGAAAUCAAAGUUGAGAGAGAAACUAGACAAUGGGGGUGUAAAUGCUGGUUGUAGGAAUGUUGUUGGAGGGAUGAAAAUAGGAAGCGAAAUGAGCAGAGAAGUUACCAUGUUGGAUUAAUGGAGGAACUGGGAGGGAAGUGGGAAAGGGGUAAGAGCGACAGAGAGAGAAGAGAGUGAUCAAAGAAGAGGAUAAGCAUGGGUUUGUCGAGCAGGGUGGGCCUUCAGCGACACACAACGAGGUAUUGCCUCAUGAGACAGCUCCAUCCUCUACUUGUCUUGUAGUACGAUUGCGUAUCAUCAUUCAUUACUUGUGAUUCGUGUGUGCGGUUUAUUUGUUGGCAAAUGUAACAAUAAUGACUUUGUCUGCAGUCUGGACCCGCCCACGACAUGCUGUUUAUAUUCAUUUCACUUCUUAAUUUCAAUAAAAUAUGUAUAUUUAUCCAUCUAGCA